UCAUACUCCGAGUUAUCGCCCCCGCCAACCCAAUGCUUAGACAAAUGUAGUUUACCAGAGCAUAUUAGAUCCAUUUCUCCUGAGUCUUCCUUUUCGUAUACUUCUGGAACUCCCCAUCCGGAUAAGUCUGGGCAUAUUCAGGCCCCAUGGGCAGAGACGCCCGCAGUUGUGGACAGCUGGAUGGUAGUGAAUAUGUCGACCGACUACAGGUCCGAUUGCGUGCCGGCAAGUCGCAACACUCUCGUUCGUCUCGGAUUGGAUGUAGUGCUCAAUUGUGAAACACUUGUGAUGCCUCCAGACCCGGACAGUUUUAGAAGCGAAAACCAACCGGGUCGGUAA